GAAUGGAUGGAUGCUGUGCAGUUCUACACUACAAACUGAAAUUGCAAGGGUGACUAUGACUACAUAAAGCCAAAACUGAGCAUUAUUAUUGUUUGGAUAAAGCUUUUUGGUAGAUUGUGCAGGUGAUCCACAUUUUUCUUCUGACAUUUUUGAGAAGUUAACACAUAAGCAUGUUUUAUUUAUAGUGGCCCAUAUGCGUAUGAAGGAAUUCUGUACUGUAUAUAUUAUUUAUGAAUUGCUGUAACUAUUAGGGAAGCACGGGUGCUGCAAUGCUGCUUGAAGACUGUUUGUUGGUUCGGUGUGAAAUAGCUGGAAGCCAAGGUUGAGGGUGUAGCUGGCUAUCACUUGUUGUGUUUAACGCCUCUCGGGCUGACAGGCUGCUGGGCUCCACGUGAUGGUCGCUGCGCGUCACCGCGACUCGCCUGGAGACUGGAGCGCGGCUCACUGACACUCAAUGAAACAGCCUACUGUCAAUUAAGAAUUAACCCAACACAGUGAAAAGGUGCUGUAUACCAAAUCCAGGCAGCAUCGUGAUAGCUAAUGGUCACUGAUUCGUUGUGCUCUGCGGGUUUGAUUUCCCCCCCUAUAUUUACGCGUGCCAAGUGAAGGAAAAACAUGUCUGGUUUAAUGGCAGCUUUUGGUCGUUACACCCACGCUAUCGUCCGGGGAACCCCUAACUCUUUGGCUACAGAGGCGCUCCGGAGCAGCCAGGCGGAGGUGGACGUGGCCAAGGCUCAGCGGGAGCAUGAUGCGUACGUCCGAGUCCUGAGGACCACGCUCGGGCUCGAGAUAUUGGAGCUGCCCGCGGAUGAGACUCUGCCGGAUUGCGUGUUCGUGGAGGAUGCCGCGGUGGUGUGCGGGGACACGGCACUCGUCACCAGACCCGGUGCGGAGAGCAGGAGAGGAGAGACAGAGGCAAUGAAAUGUGCUCUGAAAGAGCUGAAUCUGAAUGUUGUGGAAAUGACUGAUGAGAGUGCUACACUGGAUGGAGGAGAUGUCCUUUUCACAGGUCGAGAGUUCUUCGUAGGCCUUUCCAAACGCACCAAUCAAAGAGGAGCUGAGAUUCUUGCCGAUGCCUUUAAGGACUAUGCUGUGUCUACUGUGCCUGUAUUGGAAGGGUUGCACCUGAAGAGCUUCUGCAGCAUGGGGGGGCCGGGUCUCAUUAUCAUCGGCUCCAGUGAACCCGCUCAGAAAGCCCUCAAAAUCAUGCAGCAAAUGAGUGACCAUCGUUACGACAAACUGACGGUGCCUGAUGACCUUGCUGCCAACUGCAUCUACAUGAAUCUACCCAAUAAAGGACAUGUUCUUCUGCAUUGUACACCGGAGGAGUUUCCAGAAAGUGUAAAGGUAUUUGAGAAGUUGAAGGACCACAUGCUGAUCCCUGUGUCCAACAUGGAGAAAAUGAAAGUAGAUGGAGCUCUCACGUGCUGCUCCGUGCUCAUCAACAAGAAGGCCAACAACUAAGUGUUAUCCAAGUGGGGCCUGUAUCCCAUCACAGUGGAUUCCAAGACUUUGUGAAACUAUUAUGGGUCACUGGAGGAGGAUAAGUAGAUUUGGUAUUUUUAAUAGAGGGGCACUUUGGGGGCAGACACAUUUCCUUCCUUAUGAAGAAUAUGCUAAAUUAUCUUAAAAUGGAUAAGAUCCAGUAUAACUGUUAGAAUACAAUUAAUUUAUGUUAUUUAUGCUUCCAUAGAGAAGUGGCAGCCACCACUAAUGUGUGAAUAUAUUGCAUACACUAAUUAUAUUGAAGUAGAAUGCUUACUUCCAGCAGUUCAAAUAAUACUAUUUUGUUUUUACUUCCACAGUUAUAUAUAGUUAUGAUAUUCUAAUUCCCUUGAUGAAGGAAUAAUGCAGCUUGAAGAUUCCCAAAUUGUGAACCAAUCAUGGUUAACCUCACAUUGAACUUUUUCAUCUUUACGGUCCUGAAGGUACUAUAGUUUAGUUUAAAUGUAUUUGUUUGGUAGGAUGUUGAUUUUUGUUUGUUUUCCGCUGAGACUGUGAAACUGCAAUUGAUACCUCUUUAAAUCCAAUAUAAGCCAGUGAGACUGCAGUACAUGUUGUGUGGAUAUCUUCCACAGCAUGAUAAUGACUUUUCUCAUCGUUUUUUUGUCAAUAAUGAACACUGGAACAGUAUAACUUUGUGUUAAACAUGUAUGUGAUACAUGUGUUGCCUUUCAAUGUACAGUAUCUCCAUAUGGAAUUUGCAUGUUCUCCCGGUGGGUGUGUGGGUUUUCUCCGGGUACUCCGGUUUCCUCCCACAUUCCAAAAACAUGUUAGGUUAAUUGGCGACUCUAAAUUGUCCAUAGGUAUGAAUGUGAGUACGCAUCCCUGAGUGAUGGCAAGCGGCAUAGAAAAUGGAUGGAUGCCUUUCAAUGUGCCUGAGAGUGAGAGUUAAGGAAAUGACAUCAGGAGGUGAUCCUUGCGUAUGGGCAGGCAGGCGGUGAUGAAGCUUGGAAAGAAUGUGGUUUUGUUGCGUUCAGAAGAGAACAUUUGCAACGGCAGUAAACACUGACUCUUAAACUUGCUCCGUUUUCUUCUCUCGCCUACCCCUUUACUAGUGCCUCAGAGACAGGUUUGCAUUAACUUACGGCCAUGAUGUCAUACAGUCUGGCAGGACGCUGGCUGAAAGCGUCAUUGCAGAAUAGCCGGAGGUCAUUCUCACAUUAUUACUGACGUUUUAGUGUUCCAGCUUUUGUGGGCUUGUCUAAUGGGUUAUUUCUAAAGCUGAUAUUCUGUAUAUCCUCCCCAAAAAGUGUUGUAUCAUUACAUUUGAUCACGUUACAAUAAUCUCCAAGUCUUGGGUUCAUGGAUUCUUAAUUUGUUGCUGCUGAUUUUCCAUUCGGGUAUCUGAAUUUUAAUACAAGUUGUAACUAUUUUAGUCAUCACAAAUAACAUGUUUGACCAAUUUGCCCAAUAAAGUGACACCCUAGAAUUCAA